CGGAAUGGACUCAAAGGCCCCGCCCACACCGUGUAAAGUCCCCAUGACGUUAACCCGUUAAUAUUACGGAAGUGAACGGAGCCACAAAACAACAGACAGAAAACCAAAUAAGUUGGUGUCCACGAGUUACUGAAACCUGCCGACAUCCUGCCAUCAUGCUGGGAGGAGGAUUCAAAGCAGAGAGGCUCAGAGUUAACCUCCGGCUGGUCAUAAACCGACUCAAACUUCUUGAGAAAAAGAAAACUGAGCUUGCCCAAAAGGCAAGGAAGGAGAUAGCUGAUUAUCUGUCAUCGGGGAAAGAUGAGCGAGCACGGAUCCGCGUUGAGCACAUCAUCAGGGAGGACUAUCUGGUUGAAGCCAUGGAGAUCCUCGAGCUUUACUGUGACUUGCUGUUGACUCGCUUUGGCCUCAUUCAGUCCAUGAAGGAACUGGAUCCAGGCUUACAGGAAGCAGUGUCCACGCUCAUCUGGGCAGCGCCUCGUCUCCAGUCGGAGGUCACAGAGUUGAAAACUGUGUCUGACCAGUUAUGUGCAAAAUAUAGCAAGGAGUACGGGAAGCUAUGCAGGACAAACCAGAUUGGAACAGUCAACGACAGGCUGAUGCACAAACUCAGCGUGGAGGCUCCUCCCAAAAUUUUAGUCGAGCGUUACCUGAUAGAGAUCGCCAAGAACUACAAUGUGCCAUAUGAACCUGACGCCAUGGUCCGGCCUGAGGUGUGUCCUGGAGAGGAGGCAGACCUGAUUGAUGUUGAUGCUGACAGAAGGAAUGGAAGAGGAGGAGGUGGUGGUUUCAGUGCUCCUCCUGUUGCAGCCAUGCCCAUGCAUAUGCCCAUGCCCAUGCCCCUGCAUAUGCCUGCACCUUUCAGCUAUCCACCUCCCAAAGGAGCUGAGCCCUUUAACCCUCCCGUUGGGACCUACGACAACUUCCAGCAUCACAUGGGAGGAGGGCAGCCCCCCCAGCUGCCCACUUCUCCCCCUACCUACGAGUCUAUUGAUGAUCUAAAUAUAAAACCUUCUAUUCCUUCUCAGGCUGUCGCUCCUGGUGUUUUGCCUCGCGUGUUCGAUAACGCCCUGCCAGAGCUCCCCUCCGUUCCCGACACACUCCCUACCUCCUCUGUAGGCGGAAACACCACCGCCUCAGACGACAUCGACUUUGACGAUUUGACACGGCGGUUCGAGGAGCUGAAAAAGAAGACCUAAACUUUCUCUCUCUACACACACACACACACACACACACACACACACACACAUGCCUGUGUCAUCAACUAAACAGCUCAGAACAGGAUAUAUUUAAGCUUUUCAGUCUUAUUUAGGUAGUUCUUCUCCUUCCUCUGCAAAAAAAGUAGUUUUACACAGAUUUUAAACGCACGUGUAUUCUUAACUCAUUUAUACAUAUCUGACCAACAUACUGAAGAAGGGUUGGGCCUACAAACCUAGCCUGUGAGAAUAAAAAAGUCAUUUCUUUAGGUUAUUUAGAUUUUUUUGUAAUUCUUCUAUAAACUCACAGUUAUGGGUGCCGCGCCCCCUUUUUAAACUUUUCUCAUUAGUCUCUGUGUCGAGCCGUAUAAGCAGAUUUUGACUUUAACCGUUGGCUUCCUGGGGUUUAGGGUUGGACUAAUGUUUACACCUUGCACACCGAUGCAGCUGAGAUCUUUGCCACUGUGUCAGACGAGUUAAACGAGCCUGACAGGUUUCCCCGUCAUGGUGGAUUCACCCCCGAGGGCAAGGCCUGAGCCCUCAGCUGUGUUUUCCCCCCAAAUCUGUCAUCACAGACGGAGGCAGCAUCGUCGUAAAGUAGUUGUAUCACUGCGGAACGAACAUUUCAAAACACCGUUUACUGAUGUUGGGCGUCGAGGCUGUGUCUGCGUAAGUGGAGUGUGUAUAUGCGAGUCCUUCAGGAGAUUAACGUUUAACUAGCUUCAUCUCAAGUUAAUAUGAGAUAAAGAAAAAUGAGUUCUGAUCCCUGUUAUUUUUAUAUUUGCGGUAGGAAAGACUCUCAUUUAACUACACAGCUAAAGGUUUGGCAGCAGGGAGUCUCUAAAGUAGUUUUUUUUUCUCCUAAUUUUGAAUGUCAGUUUUUCCAAAUGCUUUCUUAUGACAUUUGUAAUUUUCCAAGCACUCCUCUCAGUUCCAGUUAUUUUCUCCACUCCAGAGGUGAUUGUUUAGUGUUUUCCUCUAACUGUGCAUGGGGUUUUACUCUGUACCUGCAUCACUGCGUCUGCCUUAGCCAUCUCUCAUCGGAGGCCUUUCCAGUCUAAGAGAAACACUCAGACUGGAGUCAUGUUACCUGGACCGAGUUUCGGUUCAUAAUCUAUAUGCUCUUUUUUUUUUUUUUUUUUUUUUUUAAACAAGCAAAAGUUGGUCUCUGGAUGGACAAAGAUCUGUUGUGUCAGAAAGGUGCAUCACUGUUUCCCACGAGAAACCAAAAGGUUUAGUUGUCAUGCAGCCAUGGCGCGUCACUGUAACCCGACCACACCCUGCUCAGCUUGCAUGGCAAAUGAACGGCGGCUUUGAUUUACAAUGACUCUGCAGUUUCUGGAAGCACGAGGAUCGGCUUUCCAGCAGGAUCAUAGACCAUUAAUUAUUUCAUUAUAGGUGUUUUGAAGGACACAAAGUGAGAUUAUUAACACUACGGAGCUUUGAUCACUAUCUUUUCUAUGUUGGACUGUUCUGUUAUUCUGUAUUUAAAUUGUGUCUUUGCUGGAAAAAUCUAAUAAAAGACUGGAACUGGAA